AUGGGCCUCCUGAACACGUCGACUCACUGGUUGGUGAGGAGCGGAGGUCCCCCGCCUCCAGGCCUGGUCGUGCGCUUGGACAGUGACGUCACGUGGGCCUCCCCACGCUCUUCGGGCGACCUGCUGCUGCAGCAGCUGACCAGAGACCAUCUGGCGGGCCCGACUGUGCAGCGCCCUCUGGGGUCCUGGUCACCAGUUGCUGGCCGCCUGUGCCACGACGACUGUCGCAGCCAGGGCUUCCGGAGGAACCUCUGGGGCCCCAUCCUGAGAGUCGGCACAGUGGUAACUGACCUACCUCUCGAUAAUCUUGGACAGCGCCUCAGUGACGUCGAAGAGAAAUAUGUAGACACAAUGGCACGUUUUGGUUGGGGACUGACAAACAUUCUGUCACAAAAAUUAAAUUUCACUACAGUUCUGUACGCGACGGCGUCUUUCGGAUACAAGCGGCAGAGUGAAAACAACACGCUCGACGGACUGGUGGGUAUGCUGGAGAGAGGGCUGGUCGACGUCGGAUCAGCGGGCCUGGUCAUGGUGGAAGACCGCCUCAGCCGCAUCGACUACGCCGGGCCCUCCCGCCUCUGGGUGUCAAAGAUCAUGUUCCGGCACCCGGCAGUGGUGACGGUGCAGGGCACGCUGUUCCGGCCGCUGGCGCCACGCCUCUGGCUGUGCGUGGUUCUGGCGUUCGCCGCACUGGCGCUGGUGGCGCGCGCCGUCUGCUGGGCGCACGGCCGGCCCGCACUCCAAGCCUGGGGGGACACGUUCCUGCUCGUCGCCUCUGCUGUGGGGCAGCAAGGCAGCUCGCAGAGUGCAGAUUGGCCCAGUUGGCGCAUCCUGCUGGUGGUCAGCCUGGUGUGCGCUAUGCUCCUGGACACGCACUACUCCGCCGCUAUUGUCAGUUCUCUUCUUCUACCGCCACCUAGGACCAUCAACACCAAGAAGGACCUGCUCCAAAGUCCACUCGAGUUUGGCAUAGAGAACAUCAGCUACGUCCACAACCUUAUAGAGAUGAGUGAAGACCCUGUGGUACGGAGCUUGUACCUGAAGAAGGUUGCGCCACCAGGCGCCGUUCGGUCAAACUACUUCUCCCUGGAAGAAGGCAUGACCAAAGUGGCCACCGAGAUGUUCGCGUUCCACUCGCAGGAGUUCCAGAUGUACCCUCUGGUGGAGAAGCUGUUCACCGAACACGACAAAUGCGCUCUCGUCACCAUUCCGCUUCUCGCACCGCGGAUGACCUACGUCGCGGUGGGCAAGAACUCGCCUCUCAGGGAGACGUUCACGGUCGGGAUGCGCACGAUGUGGGAGCAGGGACACUUGAGCCACCUGCGCAUGCGCUGGAACUCCAAGAAACCGUCCUGCAUAGACGACCGGGACUUCGUCAGCGUCGACCUGGCCACCAUUUCGCCCGCCUUCAUGCUUCUGGUUUCCGCUGUGCUACUCUCCCUGCUGCUCCUGCUGCAAGAAAGCGCUACGGCUAGGCAGACACACGAGAACAGACCAGCAAACUUUUCACAUUCAAGACCCAUGCAAGAUGCAAACCGGCGUGCUCUUAGUUUUAUGGAUCGAUCCACGAAACGUUCCAACAACGAUCGGAGCACAAGGAAGACAGCUUCAUAGAACAACACUGUGGGAGGGAGCCUCGCUCUCGUCAGCUAUAGUUUACUUCAGGAAAAUAGUUCUGUGGACAAUAGU